AUGCUUGAUCUGCAUUUCAAAGUCCAAGGAGACGAGUGUGAAGAGUCCUGGGAUGUUCCUCUCCUCCAACAGAAGAUCUGUCAGGGUCUCCUUUGCCAGUGCCUCAAUCCCUAUGAGGAAAGGAGCAUCCUGGCAAAAAUGAACUUCGAAGAUCUCCUUGAAGAGGCUGGAGGCUUUGGCAAAUUCCAGAUCAUGCUCUUGCUCCUGCUUUGUCUCUCAAGGCUCAUUCUUCCCUUGCAUUUCUUGCUGCACAAUUUCCUGGCUGCUAUUCCACCCCAUCACUGUGCCAUCCCGCAUCAGGACCAGUUUGCCAACCUCACUGAUGAAGAGGUUCUGCUGAUCAGCAUCCCCAGGGAUUCUGAAGAAGCCUUCAGCUCCUGUGAGAUGUUCUCUGAGCCGCAGUUUCACCUGUUACUUAAUUCUACCAGGGAGUCAGCCAAUGCCACAUCUGUCCAGAAGUGCCAGCAUGGAUGGGUCUACGACCACUCACAGUUCACUUCCACUGUAGCCACGCAGUGGGAUUUGAUCUGUGAGCAACGAGGCCUGAACCAAGCCACGGCCACCUUCUUCUUCAUUGGUGUCAUGAUUGGGGCUGUGAUCUUUGGCUACCUGUCGGACAGGUUUGGCCGGAAGACCAUGCUCCUAGUGUCCUAUGUCUGCUCCCUCAUCUUGGGGAUGGUGAGUGCUGCCUCUGUUACCUACAGUAUGCUGGCGAUCACACGGACCCUGACCGGGAUGGCUCUCUGUGGGCUCUCCCUCAUCGUACUGCCUCUGGGUGUGGAAUGGGUGGACAUACAGCAUCGCACCCUGUCUGGGAUCUUAACCAGCAUCUUUUGGAGUUUGGGGAAUAUGCUUCUUGCUCUGAUUGGUUAUCUGGUGCGGGACUGGCGCUGGCUGCUCUUUGCCGUCACCUUGCCUUGUGUCUUGGGCAUCGUCUCCAUGUGGUGGCUCCCAGAGUCUGCUAGGUGGUUACUGACCAAAGGGAAGCUAAAGCAAGCUCACAGGCAUUUGCAGAAGUGCGCCAAAAUGAAUGGAAAGAAAGAGUUUGCUGCCAAAAUAAACCUUGAGAUGCUGAGUAAGACCGCAGCAGCAACCCAGAAGUCAGGUGGGAAUUACUCCUACAUCCACCUCUUCCGGACACCAGUGAUGAGAAAGAUCUCGUUCUGCAUGGGAGCUGUGUGGUUUGGGGUGGCCUUCUCCUACUAUGGCAUGAGCAUGAACAUCACAGGCUUCGGCCAGGGAAUGUACAUGACCCAGUUUGUCUUUGGGAUCAUUGAGAUUCCUGCCAAGCUCAUUGUGUAUGUCGCGGUGAAUCGAGCAGGGCGAAGGCCGUGCCAGGCCUGGUCACUCAUCCUAGCUGGGUUAUGCAUAGGAAUCAACAUUGUCAUCCCAACAUCACUGGGGAUUUUGCGCUCAGUCAUUGCCGUCAUAGGCAAAGGAUUCUCUGAAGCUGCUUUCACCAUGGUCUUCUUGUAUGCAUCAGAACUCUAUCCUACUGUCCUCAGACAGAAUGGGCAAGGAUACUGCUCCUUCAUGGCACGUCUGGGUGGGUCUGUAGCUCCUCUCAUUUUCCUGCUGGACAGCAUCUGGAAACCUCUGCCACAAGUCACAUACUGUGCCAUGGCAGUGCUGUGUGGCUCUGCAGCCUUCUUCCUCCCCGAGACGUUGAACAUCCAGCUGCCAGAGACCAUUGAGGACAUUGAAAAACAAAGCCCAGAAGGGAAGAAACAGCUACGUGUAAAUGUGUUUGAAGUUGAGCCUCUGCGUUCAUGACCGAAGUCACCAAUCGUGCUGCUAGUAAUGGGAGAGUAGGGAUACAGAGGGGAUGGUGGAGGACCAUGUAAAUCCAUCUGACCUUGAUUUUAUACCACAAAUAAAA